AUGGCGUCCAUCCGAACACUCCCCAGCUUCUCCCGCCAGCUCGCGCGGUCGCGUUCUCCCGCCGUCGCCAGCUUCCUUCCCUCGCAGCGACGACUCGUCCACCACCGCGUCCCGCCAGCGUUCGACGUCGAGAAGGGCCUGCGACCAUUCUUGGGCCCGGAGAACCUCCGCACGGUCGCCGUCGACUGGCAGGAUGGCGUUCUUGCGCGCCUCAACGAGCUCACCCGGGGAACCGAGUACGAGAACAUGAGCGUCCUGCAGACCCUCAAGCAGUCUGCGAUGAACCCCGCGCACGCACUCAUCUUCAACUAUGCCUCCGAGGCACUCAACAACUCGUUCUUCCUGUCCAACCUCCCCACUCCCAACUCGAACUUCUCUCAACAAAUCGCCGCAACCGCCUCGCUCGGCUCCUUCCCGGCUCUGAUCUCGCACUUCUCGGCGCACGUCUCAGGCCUGCACCCGUCCUCGGGCGCGUACGUCUGGCUCGUGACGGAUCCGCAUGGGAACCUCGGUGUGGUUGGGACGUACGCGGGUGGGACGGUCCUCGUUCGCGAGAGGGCGCAGAUGGGACCGGGUGGGUAUGCGAGCAAGGACUUGAGGGUGCUGGGGGAGAAGGUCGAGGUCAAGGACGGCGAGGCGCCGCCUGUGCCGGCGGGUGAGACGGCAUCCGCAGCGGGAGGAGCGGCGACGACGGGCGCGGCGGCGGCGGCGGGAUCGGCGUGGCAGACGGUCCAGCCCGGUUCGCAGCGGCAGGCGUCGCAGACUCCGGUCGGCGACUCGCUCCUCAAGGACGGCGCGCUCGACCCGUCCAAGAUCCUGUUCGGAGCGAAGCAGCACCACGCGUCGAGCAUCGGGCAGUCGAUCCACCCGCUCGUGUGCAUCUCGACGCACCCGCACUGCUACUUUGAGGACUAUGGCCUCUGGGGCCGCGACGAGUACGUACAGAAGUGGUGGGGCGCCGUCGACUGGCACAAGGUCGAGCAGGCGUACGACCAGUUCCGCAUCAAGCAGCAGGGCAUCUAG